AUGGAAUUCCCCAAAUCUCACAUCCACCAUCCCCAAGCCAGCCACGCUCAUACCCACACGGUUAUCCUACUACAUGGUCGCGGCAGCGAUGGCGCCGAGUUCGCCGAAGAGCUUUUCUCAUCUUCCACCUCCAAGGGCAAACCCCUCCCUUCCUGUCUCCCCUCCUAUCGCUGGGUCUUUCCAACCUCACGCGACCGAUGGAGCACUACAUUUGAAGAGGAGAUGUGUACCUGGUUUGACGCCUACUCCUUAGGCAAUAUCCACGAACGACAGGAAUUACAGAAAGAGGGAAUAAGAGAGUCAGUCUUAUAUAUUCUCGAUAUUCUCGAGGAGGAGGCUCGACUGCUAGAUGGACGGUUCCCCCAGAUCUACCUUGGAGGUAUGAGUCAGGGGAUGGCAACCGCCUUAUGGACGUUCUUCGCUGCGACAGCGACAGGCCGAAUCCAAGGAUCACUAGGAGGAUUACUGGGAUUUUGUGGCUGGUUUCCAUUCGCGCAGCAGCUAGAGCGGUUGCUAUCCGAACCAUCCCUUAAUCCUGGCAGUUCCCAGGCACAGAGUCUAAUAUCCGGGUUCUUCUUUGAUGAGAUUGCCGGUGGGACACCGCGCUCUGAUCAGCCUGUCGACAGUUCUAUCUUAUCUACGCCUGUGUUUCUAAGCCAUGGAUCAGACGACCAAUGGGUAUCUGUGGAGCUUGGACGACAGGCAUGUCAAGUUCUACGGAAAAUUAUGGUACGCGUCGACUGGCAAGAGUUUGCUGGGGCAGAGGGUGACGGCCACUGGGUUAAGGAACCUGAGGGUUUUGACCAUAUCCUGCAAUUCCUUGAGGGUUAA